AUAUCUGUUUCAUAAUUUCCAGUGUUUCUCAUCUCUGUCUUUGAUAAAAAGUUUAUAUAUUUGCCCAAAGAAUCUGUAAGAAAGAAUGAGUGCAUCAGAUGAUACGGACUAUGUCAACAAAAUUAUAUAUUACAUGCAGGGAUUCUUGGUGACCAAGGCGAUGUCUUCUGCAAGCAAACUAGGAGUUUUUGAUAUUCUUCUGAACUCAAAUACACCUUUGUCCUGUGCUGAUAUCGCAGAACAGGCAGGAUGCACUGUGGAUGGAAUGAACAGGUUGCUUACUGCCUGCGUAGAACUUGAGUUAUUAAAUGCAACUCAGGAGAAUGGAAAAUACCUUUACAGCAACACACACCUUUCCCGAAUGUGUAUUGCAAAGUCUAGCCCCAAAUCCUUGUAUCAUAUCAUACAAUUGAUGUCAGACCACAAUUACCUUUUGAGUUUCUACAUGGCAGAUAGUAUCAGAGAAGGAAAAUCACAAUAUCAAAAAUUAUUUAAAGUGAACCAUGAACAUGAAGACACCUUUAGUUUUAAAUUGCUAUACAGGUCUGAAGAAGACACAUUGAGAUUUAUUGAAAGCAUGGAUGAUAUAUGGAAAGUCUGUGGCAAGGAUGUGACUACUACAUUUGACUUAUCACACUUUAAUACCAUAUGCGACAUUGGAGGCUGCUCUGGUGCCGUAGCAAAACUAUUUAUUUCAGAAUAUCCUAAUUCAAGAGUAACAAUUUUUGAUCUACCAGAAGUAUUGAAGAUUACAAAGACACAUUUUGUAUUUCCUGCAGAGAAAAGGAUUUCUUUCCAUGAAGGUGAUUUCUUUAAAGAUCCACUUCCAGAAGCCGACCUGUACGUUUUGGCCAGGGUUAUUCAUGACUGGAAUGAUGAACAGUGUCUUGUGUUAUUGAAAAAUAUAUAUAAAUCGUGUAAACCUGGUGGAGCUGUGCUGAUAAUUGAAGAAGUGCUGAAUGAAGACAAAAGUGGACCUAUUCAAAGUCUGCUGUGGUCUCUGCUCAUGCACAUUGUUUGUAAUGGGAAGGAAAGGACUCUAUCUGAAUAUGAUAAACUCCUGACAACUGCUGGAUUUCAAAACACUGACAUGAGAACUGGAAGCCUGUACAAUGCCAUUCUAGCUAGAAAAAUAAAAGAAAACAGCAUGUUGAAACAGUGAUUUUUAUUACUUUAACACAGAGAGGAUUCACUUCAUUUCUUCUCAAAUAUUGUUAUUAAGAUUUUUAAGAUUCAUAUAAUGUAUCUUAAUUUAGAAAUAAAAUGAUAUAUAUCAAUUUAUCAACCACUCAAAGAAAGAAAAAAAACACAUAACAAAACAAAAACUAUUUACAAGAGUGUCUAAACAAACAAAUACAAGAUAUUUCUUCAGAGUAAAGUCAAUUUCAGACUGUAUUACAAUCAGUUCUCAACAGUAUAUCUGUCACUUUUAUCCAAGAGUUGUAAUAUGAAGUGAUUCUUUAUAUUCAUAUCUUGAUAGUAGCUAUUUUCCUUCAAGAGACAUUAAGAGCCAUGUUCUUGAACUCUUUAAACGUGGGCAAUACCUCACAUUUCCAAUUUGUAGUAAUUGUUUUACAAGCAGUAACUAAUAAAAUCCAAAGAAGUGAAUAUUUAGAUCUGGGAACAUGAUUAGCUAUAGGAGCAUUAAACAGAAUCAAAGAUUUGGUCAAUUGAAAGUUGUCAUUAAAAACAGUUUGCAAAAAAUAAUUACAUUUUCCCAAAAUAAUCUAAGAAGACUACAUUCAUAAAACAUAUGUUGCCAGUUAGCUUUCAAUUUUAAUUCACAUCUCCAACAUCCUAUUUCUUGAUUAAACAUUAAUUCCAUUUUAUGAGGUGUGAUAUAGAUUCUGUGAAUAAAUUUCCAAGAAAAUAAUUUCCACUCUAAUGAAAGAGAAGUUUGCCUUGUGGAAAUCAUAAUUAGUGUUUUAUCAUUUUCUUCAGGGAGUUGGUUAUUAAUGUUUUUAUAAUAAUCUCAAUAGCUUUCUUUAUAAUAUAAUUUUGUGUUUUUAAUUAAUUUAUAUAUUUUAGAUAGCCUUUACUUUGAACUGUUUGAAUCGCCAUAAUAAUCAAAAAUUCUAUAAGUUUAGUGAUAUUUUGUCUAGCUGAUGAAUACAUUGACUUUAUUUUAUUUAUAAUAUAUUGUCUUAAUCCUUGCACUACCAACCACAAUUCAUUAUCUGUAUUAUACUUAUUCAUGACUUGUCUCAUUUGAAGUACAUUUCCAGAAUCCAGCAACUGAUGCCAAUAUAUUAAAUGUUUCCCUCUAAGUACAGUCAUUUUGUUAAUGUCAAAAGUAUCAAUAUUAUUCUGUGUACAUGCAAUGGGAAAGAAUGACCAAACCUUAAUAUCUGGAUUUCUAUUCAAAUAGUUUUUAAGAGUAGUUAAUGUAUUAGUAAUAAAUUUGGAACAUAUAUGUUUAUGUUUUAUUGUCUAGAGUAUAAUCUCUUACAAUCCAAUACAAAUUAUUAGGCAGAAUGUAUGUUGUGACAACAAUGAAAAAUCUGAUUGUAAUCAAGUAUGCUCUUGAACUUGUUUCCAUCUAGCUGAAUAUGAUGGAUUUAACCACAAUGUCAAUGUCUUGACAAUAGAUGAUAAGGCAUACAUUUCAAUGUCAGGAAAUUUAAUUCCCUCUACAUCCCAAUCCUUUAAAUGAUGAUUUAACACAAUUCUAGGUUUAUUAGGUUACCAUAAAAAAUGUAACAUUAAUCUAUUAAAUUGAUGUAUACAAUGCUUAGGAGGAGGAAGAGAAAUAGCUUGCAUGAAAUAUAACUUUUUUGGGAAAAUAAUCAUUUUAACUAGGAAAAACCUGUCCUCCAUAAUAAAAAAACAAUGUUGUCUCCCCCAUGAGACAUUUAAUUUUAUUUUAAGAUAUUAUUAUAGUUGACUGUUAGUGUUUCAUCCAUAUAAUUUGUUAAAGUAACACCUUCAUAUUUAAUUUUAUUGUCUAGAACUGUAUAUUUAGCAAACAUUUUGCUUAUAUCCUUCUUAUUGCAAUUUAUAUGUAACCUUUUAGUUUUAUUUUCAUUGAAUUUAAGGCCAGAAAUUAUUUGGAAAAGAUCUAGUGUAUCAGAUAAAGCUUGUAAAGAUUUACUAUCACGUUUCAAAGUCAAUAACAUAUCAUCAGCAAACAACUGAACUUUCAAGACUAAACUAUUAUUAAAACAUGUGCCUUUGAUAUUUGUAUUCAUCCUAAUACAAUUUGCAAAAGGUUCAAUGACCAGAGAAUACAACAAAGGGGGCACAGAGCAUCCUUAUUUCAUACCAGUGGUGAUUGUAAUAGAUCUAGAUAUGCAUGACACAAUCUUUAUAUAAGCUAGAGAUUUCUCAUAUAACAAUUUUAUAUUUUAUUCUUGUGAAAAUUCAUAUUCAUCUAAAGCCAGAAAUAAAUAAUCCGAGUGAACUGAAUCAAAACACUAUAGAUAAUUUAGCUCACUAAAGUCAUAUUACUUCCUGUGAAACUGAUAUAAUCAAUUAAUGUUAGAAUUAUUUUAAUAUUAUCAUGUUUCUAGCUUUUAUAAAUCCACUUUGAUCUUCAUCUAUUAAUAAAAGGAGCAACUGUUUUAAUCUACUAGCAUGUAUUGCCAUAAACAUUUUAUAAUCAAUGUUUAAUAGCAAUAUUGCUCUGUAGGACAUUCUUUUGUAUCUUUAUCUGAUUUUAGAAUUGGGUAAAUUAAUGUAUAUUUCCAGGAAGGGGGUGUUAUUAUUUUCUUUAACUAAAGUAUAUACUUUUAACAAUAAGUCUAAAGCUUCUUUAGUUAAUAAUUUAUAUAUUUAAGGUAUAAUAUUAUCAAGUCCAAGAGCCUUAUUUAAUUUUAACUUAUUAAUUUAUAAUUUAAGCUCAGUCAUUGUAAUAGGUUUUUCAAUUAACUUUAUUUGAUCUUCUGUUAGUUUUUUCCUUGAUAAAUUUCUUAAAGAAGGGUUUUAUUACAUUCUAUGAUUCAGUUUCUGUGUUAUGUGAGUUAAUUAACUUAAAGUAUGUUUUGAAAGCCUCUAAAAUACCCUGUAAAUAUGAAACCCUUUUCCUAGUACCUGGAAUGUAAACUUCUUUUAUCUGAUUAGAUUUAAUAAUCUUCUUUGUUCUAUUUGCUAUUCUUUUUGAUUUUUAGGAUUACUAGAAUAAUAAUUUGAUUCAAUCUUUUCUAAAUUAGUCAUAGUUUUAUAAUGUAAUAUUUGUACAUUUUGUGUUCAUCUCAUCAAGUUCUCUUAGUAAAUUAUUUCCUUUUGUAUAUCUAACUUUAGUUUAUUGAUUUUCAUUUGUAAAUCUAAUAAGUCUUUAUUCCACUGUGUUUUAAUAAACCAAGCUAGAACUUUCCAAUAUAAGUACAACUUCAUAGAAUCCCAUAUAUAUUUCUGAUAUAUCAUCAUAAGAUGGGUUACCUUCAGUUUACAGACAGUCCACUUCCCCGACAUGUAUUCACCUGACACUUCAAAUUACCAACAUUCCCAAAGCUGAGGUUACUCACAUGGUUAGUGAACACUUGGCCAUCUAUUUAAACUUUGCCCCUUACCCCGUGGCAGUGCAUUCUUUCAGUUGGUAUAUUUAGUAAGGAGGGUGGGUGGGCAAAGCCCCCCACAUCGGUGGGUUUGUUUUCUUUGAAUAAUUCUUUUGUCGGGAUGACCAAGUGUUUACUUAUCAUUUAGGAACAUCAGCUUUGAGAAUGUCAGUGAUUUGACGUGUCAGUAAACUGGGUUUCGGGGAAGUGGACUGUCGGUAAACUGAAAGUAACACCCAUAAGAUUUAUAUGUAGAAAAGUUUGUAUCUCCUUAAUAGAGAAUUCCUUAAAGUCUUUCAAAUUCAUUAUGCAUGCUGGAAAUCUAGUAAUAUUUACACUUUGUUUAGUAUCCAUUAAUGAGUCAUAUGUAAUUAUGUUAUGAUCAGACAAAGGACAUAAAUAUUUUAACUUUAUGCAAUUUUGAAGUUAUGUCUCUUAAAAUGCGUACUCUAUCAGUUCUUGAGUGAGUGCCAUGACAGUGUGAAUGAUGUGUAAAAAAUAACAAAUUUGGCUUAGCAUACUCAUUUACGUCUUUAAUAUUGAACAUGUCAAUAAAGUCAAUUAAUGUCUUUGA